CUUCAGUCUCUCUGUGUGUGAAUUAGCUCCUUCAACAUGAGCUGCAGCUUCUACUUGGCCUUUGUGUGUCUGAGUCUCCUCACUCAAAGGUUGUGCAUCCAGGGGAACCAGUUCAAUGUGGAGGUCAGCCGAAGCGACAAGCUUUCCUUGCCUGGCUUUGAGAACCUCACUGCAGGAUAUAACAAAUUUCUCAGGCCCAAUUUUGGUGGUGACCCGGUUCGGAUAGCGCUGACGCUGGACAUAGCAAGCAUCUCUAGCAUCUCAGAGAGUAACAUGGACUACACGGCCACUAUAUACCUCCGGCAGCACUGGACAGACCCCCGGCUGGUGUUCGAAGGCAACAAGAGUUUCACUCUAGACGCCCGGCUCGUGGAGUUCCUCUGGGUACCGGACACUUACAUUGUGGAGUCCAAGAAGUCCUUCCUCCAUGAAGUCACGGUGGGAAACAGGCUCAUCCGCCUCUUCUCCAACGGCACAGUCCUGUAUGCGCUCAGAAUCACAACAACUGUUACAUGUAACAUGGAUCUGUCUAAAUACCCCAUGGACACACAGACCUGCAAGUUGCAGCUAGAGAGCUGGGGAUAUGAUGGCAAUGACGUGGAGUACUCCUGGCUGAGAGGGAAUGAUUCCGUGCGUGGACUGGAAAACCUGCGCCUUGCUCAGUAUACCAUCCAACAGUAUUUCACCUUGGUCACCGUAUCCCACCAGGAAACAGGGAACUAUACACGACUGGUUCUGCAGUUUGAGCUCCGGAGGAACGUCUUGUAUUUCAUUCUGGAAACCUACGUUCCUUCCACGUUCCUGGUGGUGUUGUCCUGGGUUUCGUUUUGGAUUUCUCUUGAUUCCGUUCCUGCAAGAACAUGCAUUGGGGUGACAACAGUGUUAUCCAUGACCACACUGAUGAUCGGCUCCCGCACAUCCCUACCCAACACCAACUGCUUCAUAAAGGCCAUUGAUGUGUACCUGGGGAUCUGCUUCAGUUUCGUGUUUGGGGCCUUGCUGGAGUACGCAGUUGCUCACUACAGCUCCUUACAGCAGAUGGCAGUCAAAGAUAGGGGGACAGUGAAGGAAUCGGAAGACGUCAAGAUCACUAACAUCAUCAACAGCUCCAUCUCCAGCUUUAAACGAAAGAUCAGCUUUGCCAGCAUUGAACUAUCCAGUGACAAUGUCAACUAUAGCGACUUGACAAUGAAAGCCAGCGACAAGUUCAAGUUUGUCUUCCGAGAAAAGAUCGGUAGAAUUGUUGAUUACUUCACAAUUCAAAAUCCCAGCAAUGUGGAUCGAUACUCGAAACUACUAUUCCCUUUGAUCUUUAUGUUAGCCAAUGUAUUUUACUGGGCAUACUACAUGUAUUUUUGAGAUGACAUUGAACUUUUGCACGCCAGGUGUCUUUAACAGAAUAACAUAAUGAUGUUAAGGACAUGUGUAUGCACUUCAGCUGAAGAAGCUACAUAACGAUUUUUCUAAGUUGUGUAGAAGUCCUACUGUGACAGGAUUCUGUAAUGGAAUCGUUAUAAAGCAACCCUUUUCUUCUUCAGUUUGGACAGAGCAUCCCCACAGAAGACUGCAAACCUGCUCAGGGCUAUUUGCUCUCUGCAUCUCUGGUCUGCAGUCAAUGCACAAAAUUGUGGGUAGAAGGUUGAUUAUAUAGAAGGGGUUUAUUUUUUAAAGAAUCCAUCGUGCCGUUUACUAAAUCUCUGCAAUGUUUGUAGGUUGUGUUCUUGCCUAUUUAGUGAGAGGCGUUUUCUAAUUUUUGCUUCUCCUUGAAAUGAAAUACAGGUUUAUGUCAAUUCACUGGUGAUCACACCUCACCUCAUCAACUCAGUGCCAGCUAGGUUCUGAGUAUCAUUUAAUACCACAGAAUUCCAAUAAAUCCUAUUAUUGAAAAAUCAAAUGUAAAUUAGUAAAACUAGCAGAUCAAUAAACUGAAACAUAAGUCCUUUAAUAUAGUUGCCCAGGCUUGAAGAACCCCAGGCUUGUGUCACGAUUACACAUAUCUCGUUAUUUUAUUGUUAUACACCUUAGUCCUACACUGUAUAAAAACCAUUUUUCUACAUCAGGAAAACAGGAGGAGGUUUUGAAACCUUAUUCUAGGAUGCUUAAUACAGAGUGCUACCGUGAAGACUUGCUGGGUCAAGUCUGUUUUCUAGCAAACUUUACUCACAUACUGGCUAGGUACCAAGUAGACCAGAGAGUGUUCUGUCCUGUGAUUGUGGAUCUCACAUUGGAGAGCAUUUUGCCAGGGGCAGAUCCCCUAAAUCCUUGCAGGAGGAGCUCUCAUCCUUGUGCUCCAGUGACCAGGCAGGAGUGAUGUCUGUCAGAUAAAGAGCCAUAUUACCCAGAUACGAGUAGCUCAGCUUAAAUAGAUUCCUUUCUCCAACCUUUCUAGCUAGACCACUUGAAGCAGCUUAUCCUACAAGAGCAGGAGACCACCCGUCCCUGAGUCCUGACUGUUUUGAACCAUGGUGAGACCUGUUGCGCAACCCACACGAGCUAUCUUUUCUGAGUUCAGCCAGUGUCAGCCUGACCCAGGAGCUGGUGUGUGCCGCUCCCUCUUGCUCCUGGGGACUCGACUAUGUAAUUCAGCCUCAUUUAUUUCAAAGGCUCUCCUCACCUUCAGCCCUUCAGCCUCCUUUUCUAAGGAAUGCGCAGCUUUGCCUGUCCUUUCUAAAGCAAACGAGAAGUUUAGGUGGUCUUUCCUUUCACGUCUUUCACCUAUGGGUCCUCCUUUUAAUCAUCAUGAUACUUCCCAUAAUUCGGGAUUUUUGAGCUUGAUUGCCUGGAGCUUAACAAAUAUUUCUACUUUAGAACUCACUUUGCUUGUUGGAAUAUACUUUUAAGCUAGGUGUAGUUGCACCAGUAAGAGAGCUCUUAGUAAAAUCGCUUCAUAUUUUAUAUCUGUCUAUUUUAUAUACAUACUUAAGGGGAAAGGUUAGGAGAAGGGAAAUGUG